GGCACAAGGGAAUAGACCGACUAGUGAGACCUUAUUAUGAAACUUUGAAGAUAAAAAAAAGUCUCAUUUCUUAUUUGUCGUGUUAAGGACUUGAAAAAGAAAAUAAAAAUAAAAGUCUCAACUAAAAUACCCAUCUUUUCACAAAAUAUUUUUCUUAGAGACUUUCUUAUUUUUUAGUCUCAUUAUCUAUUUUCAUUCCCUUUAGACAAAUAUAGACUUGGACCUUUUUUCUGAAACAAAAUACCAUUCCCUCCUUCAAAAUCCCCGGGGAGAUUCUCUAACGACCUUGCUCAAUCAAAAGAAUUCUAAUUAGUAAAUUCACGUGAAGAUCACGUGAGCACGCAUUACAAAAAACUCUAUUAACAUCAAACCUUAGCUGAUUCAGCCUUUCAAAUUAUUUGCUGACUCAGCUGCUACGUCUAACUAACUAGUAACUAACUUUUUUUUUGGGAAGUUCUAACUAACUAAAUCUUAGCCAGGCUACUCUCUUCAGGUUAACUAAUUAACAAUAAUAAUAAAUACCACCUCCUUGUCCUUUUACUAAUAAAAGUCUAAAAUCAUUUCAGACAAUCCGAUCCUCCGAAUUAUAUAUUUCCUUGAACCUUAAAUUAGGGUUAAUCAGCCAUGGAUACCGAGUUAACUCGAGCGACAGUCCUCUGAAUUAGAGUAUAGUCUUUGUGAAACCAUAAACUGAGUCAUCCGUGGGUACCGAGUUAACUCAGACGAUUACCCUCUGAAUUAGGGUUUAAAUUAGAGUUAAUCUUCGUUAAACCCUAAAUGGAGUCAGCCAUGGAUGCCGAGCCAAUUCAGUUUCAGCAAUCUCAACUAGCAUCUCUACUCGGCCCUGAAUCGGCUCCAUUUGAAAUUCUCAUUUCUCAUCUAAUGUCCUCUUUAAAUGAACAAAGAUCUCAGGCUGAAAUUGCCUUCAAUCUAUGCAAAGAAACCAAUCCAGAUUCACUAACAUUCAAACUUGUUAGUACUCUUCAAUUCUCUUCAAAUAAUGAAAUCCGCGCCAUGUCUACUAUCCUCCUUCAUAACCUUUUUACUCGCUCCAAAAUCUGGCCUCAACUUUCCCCUGCUUCUCAAUCUUCGUUGAAAACUGUCCUUCUUGAAUGCCUUCAACGCGCAGAUUGCAAAACUAUCACCAAUAAAUUAUGUGACGUCAUUUCUGCACUCGCUUCCACAAUCGUUCCUCAUAAUGGUUGGCCUGAGAUUCUUCCUUUUUUAUUCAAUUGUGUUUCUUCUGAUGAUGUUAAUUUGCAGGAGAGUUCUUUCUUGAUAAUUGCUCAAUUGUCUGAAUCAAUCGGCUAUACUUUAAUUCCUUACAUUAAGGAUAUUCAUAGCGUUUUCUUGAAUUGUCUUGCAAAUUCUAAAAGUUUUGAAGUUAAAAUUGCAGUGAUGUAUGGCGCGAAUAAUUUCAUCCAGUGUAUUAAAAAUUCUGGUGAUAAAGAUUCGUUUCGGGACCUCUUGCCUGCAAUGAUGAACAUUUUACCUGACGCUUUGAAUGCUUCUCAAGAAUCUACUGCUCGGGAGGCAAUUAUUGUGUUGAUAGAGUUGGCAAAAUCCAAUCCUCGAUUAUUAAUAACGAUUCAGAUCGGGAAACUGGUUGAUUUUAUGUUGCAAAUGGCAAGAGCAGAGCAAUUGGACGAGGGAACAAGACAUUUGGCUAUUGAAUUUGUUAUCACUAUUGCUGAGGCUAGUGAUCAAGCUCCUGGGAUGAUGAAGAAGUUGUUGGAAUAUGUCAGCGUAUUGUUUGAAAUACUGAUGAAAAUGUUGUUGGAUAUUGAGGAUGAUCCUGCUUGGUAUAGUGCUCAAGUUGAAAACGAGGACGCUGGUGAGACUAGCAAUUACAUUGCCGGUUUAGAGUAUCUCGAUCGAUUAUCGAUUGCUUUCGGUGGUAAUUCAAUUAUUCCGGUGGCAUCGAAGUUUUUUCCCGUGUACUUGGCAGCUCCUGAAUGGCAGAAGCAUCAUGCUGCUCUUUUGGCAGUUGCUCAAAUUGCUCGUGGUUGCUCAAAGGUGAUGAUUAAAUGCUUGGCACAAGUGGUGAAUAUAGUUCUAAAAUCAUUUCAAGAUCCCCAUCCACGGGUAAGAUGGGCAGCUAUUACUGCAAUUGGGGCGUUGUGUACUGAUUUUGGACCGGGUUUACAGAUGCAAUAUCAUCAACAUAUUCUUCCAGCAUUGGCUGGUGCUAUGGAUGAUUUUCAACAUCCUAGAUUACAGGAACGUGCUGUUUCAGCUGUGAUUAGUUUCACUAAGGACCUUACUUCCGAUAUUUUAACUCCUUACAUGGAUGGGAUAGUCACUAAAUUACUUGCUCUUCUACAGAAUGGCAAACAAUUGUUUCAAGAGGAAGCCUUGACUGUGUUAUCAAUGAUUCUUUAUCCUCCUAAGGAACAUUUCCAAAAAUAUUACGAUGCUGUCAUCCCUUACUUAAAAGCUAUCCUGAUAAACGCAACAGAAGAAUCUAACCAAAUGCUAAGAGCAAAAGCAAUAGAGUGCAUUAGUUUCAUCGGUAUGGCUGUUGGCAAGGAGAAAUUCCAGGAUGAUGCUAAACUGGUUAUAGAAAUGCUGAUAUCACUACAAGGAUCUCUAAUGGAAUCAGAUGAUUUAACAAGUUACAUUCUACAGGCGUGGGCUAGACUUUGCAGUUGCCUGGGGCAGGACUUCGUUCCUUACAUGAGUGUUGUUAUGCCGCCUCUUCUUCGUUCUGCACAGCUUAAACCUGAUAUGAACCUCACCUAUGCUGAAUCCGAUAAUGCCAUUGCAGACUCUGAUAAUUACACUGAAGACUCCGAUGAUGAGAGGAUAGAGAUAAAGACCCUUCUCUUGGAAGAGAAAAAAUUAGCAUGUAACUUGCUAUAUUUUUAUGCAUGUAAAUUGAAGGAAGGGUUUUAUCCUUGGAUCAAUGAGGUGGCACCGACUCUCGUCCCCCUACUUGAAUUUCAUACUAACGAAGAUAUACGAAGGGAUGCUGUUUUGGCUAUGCCAGAACUUUUGCUUUCUGCUAAACUAGCUAUGGAGAAAGGGCUUGCUCAAGGUAACUAUGUCAAGCAGUUAUCUGACUACAUUGUACCAGCUUUGGUGGACGCUCUACACAAGGAGAAUUAUAUGGAAAUUCUUGAUUGCAUGUUGGUUGCCUUGAAUAAGUGUAUACAGAUUUCUGAAACCCUAUUGGAAGAAGACCAAGUCAGAGCCAUUACAGAUGCAAUUAAGAAAGUCCUAUCUGCUACUUCUUUAAGAAAAGAAUUUAGAGCCUCCAGGACCAGUGCAGAGAACUUUGACGCUAAAAAAGGAGACCUACUGAAAGAAGAAAGUAAACAGGAAGUGAAGCUUUUUUACCAUGUAGGUAAAAUCUUGGAAACAUUAAUCAAAACAUUUAAGGUCUCCUUCUUACCCUUCUUUGAGGAGCUGACAUCAUACCUGCUACCUAUGUGGUUUGCUGAUAGUAAUCUCUCUGACAAGCUAAGGAACGGGUUCAAGAUUCCAAUCACAUAUGACAUGUUGUCCAUAUCUAGUUGAUUUCUAUAAUAUCUUGAUUAUUGCUUUAUAUUACUCGUCCUUGGGUUUUUAGAUUUACUAGUAACCGAGUUGGGCUAGUGACCCUAGUUGAUCGUAAACAAAUGUGGUAUGUUAUAGAUUGUCUGUCUCAAUACCUGUUUGUAAAUAGCACAUGUUUUUCUUAUGAAUGAUAGGAUAAUGGUUCUGAAAUGGCAAUUAAGCCAAAAUUUGCAUUUUUCAUAAAUUGAAAGGAGGUUGUAACAUGUUAUGGUGAUCAUCAAGUUGUCUUCAUAGAGUCGAGAAGGAUGGUUGUUAUUGCUAAGCUAUAAUCCCUGCUCACCUGACUUUAGUCUAGUUUUGACAAUUUCAUUUAAUGGUUGUUUGAUUUGAAGGAGGGGAAAGGAAUCGAAAGAACAAAGGAAAAAAAGAUAACUCUCCCCAACUGUUCUUCACCAUAUGUAAGCCUUAUCAUUAAUCAUAAUACCCUUUCACCUUUCAGAAAAGUUGAAAUUAAUCAUACUACCCUGAUUUAUCCUUGUACUAUUUGAAAUUAUCUGGCCGUCACAUCACCAAACUCUUGAUUGAUUCAACCAUGAAAAAUCAUAAUGAAAGCUUCAGAGGUUAAACUAAAAUAAUUUCACUUAGUGUUUGUUUCUUUGUUAAUGGUGGUAACCUGGUUGGUAGAUGUUUCAGGCUGUCUGCUGCUGCUCGUGGUGGUUGGUAGACGAAGAUAUUAGUGACAUCUGAUAGAUCGCAUCUGUGGUAGGAACAGUGUGUUGCUGUUGCCUGUUAGUCGGUUGUUGUUCUCUGGUAUUUCCAUUGGUGGAGCUGUAGAGGUGGAUGUUGAAAAAAAAACCCACAUGUAAUUUCACAUCGUAGAAUUAGCUAAUGGUUUUAGAAUGAAGCCUCAUCGGGCUUGUGUAAAGUCAAUUUUACUCCUGUCCAGGUCGUAUUGUGUACAAGUCCAAUGACAAAUUUAUCAUUGGAGUCCAUGAUUUUUAAAGUAGAGGGAUUGUGGAGAGCUAUUACUCGUAAAAUGAGUUAAAAAAUUCAGAUAAUUAUAGCCAAACAAAACUAGGAAAAACUAACUCCUCAAUUAAACCCCUUCCCUCAAUUACACCCCUUCCUUGAUCAAACAGUUAACUGGAAUUGUUCUCAAGCCGGCUUAUAACUUGUUCUCACUUUUUGUGUACGUCUUUGAACGUUAUAGUUCUUGUUAAGCUUAAUCAUCCAUUCCCUAAUGAUGUUAGUUAUUAUUGAACCGAAUAGAAAAUUACAAGCGUGUCACCUAAUACAAACUUCCACCGUUUCAUCUAGGGGAAAGAUAAAACAGCAGGAGAACGAAG